AAUAGUUGUUUCGCGCGAAUUAAUUAGAUGGAUGGGCGUCCGCAUCAAAUCCGCCAUUGCCGCUCUCUGCCCAUCUCCGAGGCUGCUCUCCUAUUCGAAGAGCCCAAUACUUGGCACUGUUCCGCGUUCCACCGACCUCUCGGAUGCAAAGGUAGACGUGGAGAAGCACUACGCUGCGCUGCUGCGAGCCGCCGCCCGAGCUCGAUCCGUUUCCGAUGGCAAAGCCGUUCACUGUCGCAUACUCAGGACCGUUCCGAGGCCCCGCCUUUAUCUCCUCAACAACCUGGCCAACAUGUACUGCAAGUGCCACUCCCUUCCGCACGCCCUCCGUUUGUUCGACGCAAUGUCUCACCCGGACGUAGUGUCCUGGAACACCAUCGUUGAUGGCUUCUUCCUCGCCGGCCUCACAUCCGAUGCCUUGGCUCGCUUCAGAGAUAUGUUUCGGUGCGGUGUCGUUCCUGAUGAGUUUAGCUUCGUCGGAAUUCUCAAAAGCUGCGAUCUUGGAACGGGCUGUGCCGUUCAUUGUGUUGUGGUCAAAUUUGGUCUUGGGGACAGUGCUUUUGUCGCGAAUGGUCUUGCCGAGUUCUAUGCUGAGUUUAAACUCUUGAGUGACACGAUGACAAUUUUUGAAGGUGUGGAGCGCAAGGACAUUGUAUUGGUCAAUUCUGUCAUUGGUUUGCUUGCUAAAGCUGGGAAUCUUCAACAAGCUUUUACAAUGUUUUGCCAUUAUGCCCUGGCUGAACGCUUGCAGAUUGAUCGAGCUACUUUUGUUAACCUUUUGAGUGGGGUUGAAUUGCGUAGGCUGGGUCUUCAAGUUCAUGGUCUGAUAAUUAAGAUUGGAUUCGAGGAUGGUGCUGUAGAGAAUUCCCUUGUCAGGAUGUAUUCUAAUUGUGGAUUUACAUAUGAUGCACACGAUUUGUUAUUAUACUCGAAGAGCCAGAAUGUGAUAUCUUGGACCAGCUUGAUAAAAGGGUACGCUGAUCAUGAACAAUUUUCAGGAGCAUUGGAUGUUUUCUGCCAGAUUUAUCAUAAUGGCAUGUUGUUGGAUGAUGUUUUACUAGCUUGCAUUCUCAGUGUUGCAGCUUCUUCUGAAUGUCUGGCACUGGGUAUUCAGGUCCAUGAUGUUGUUAUUAAACAUGGUUUUGAGCUGAACUACUGCAUCAGUCACGCUUUGAUGGAUAUGUAUGCUAAGUGCAUGUCAAUGCCAGAGGUUCUGAAGAUCUUCCGGCUCAUUGGUGAAGACUUUAAUGUUUCUUCUUGGACUAUAUUGGUUUCAGGAUAUGCCAAAUGUGGCUCUUCCAUGGAAGCACUCAAAACAUUCUACCAGAUGAACAGUCUAGGAAUCAACUCUGAUUCAGUUGCAUGCAUCAGUGUUCUAAUAGGUUGCUCUGAUCUGCAAGCUAUAGAUCAAGGUGAACAAGUUCAUGCCUAUUUGAUUAAAUCAGGCUAUGACACUGAUCUAUCAGUACAGACUGUGUUGAUUUCUCUUUAUUCUGAAUGUGGAAGACUGAAUGAGGCUGUUAAGCUGUUUGAAAUGAUGGCUACACAUGAUGUUGUUUCAUGGACUUCACUCAUUUCAGCAUACGAAAAUCUUGGAUGCAGGGAAAAAGUGUUUAUGUGUCUUAAACAAAUGUUGCAUGCAGGUAUAAAACCAAAUCAUUUCACUCUUGUCAGUGCACUCACAGCCUCUACAAAACUAACAUCUGCUUUGGCUGGGAAAUCAAUUCAUGCUGCUGUUAUAAAAACUGGGCUGGAAGAAGACAAAUACAUUGGAAGUGCACUUAUUGACAUGUAUUGCAAAUGUGGAAGCAUUGGAUGUGCGCUAAGAUACUUCAGUACAGCAUCUAAACAUGACAUUAUUCUCUGGAAUGCUUUGCUUUCAGGGUAUGCUCAACAUGGCAAUGUCCUAGAGAUGCUAAAGGCUUAUGAAAAAAUGAUUGGUCAUGGAAUAGAGCCUGACAGCAUUACAUUUCUGUCAGUUCUCUCUGGUUGUAGCCAUGGUGGCCUCCUUGACAAAGUGUUUCAAUAUUUUGCAAGUAUGAGAGAUGAAUAUGGAAUUAUACCACAAAUGGAACACCACGCUUGUGUUGUUGAUGCUCUUGGACGUGCUGAUCUGCUCAAGGAUGCAAUCAAUUUCAUUGAUGAGAUGGGAGUUACUCCUGGUUCAACAGUGCUACGGACAUUGAUUAGCUUUUGUAUCGUGCAUGGACAUGUUAAAUUAGGUUUGGCCUCAGUAGCAAAGAUGAUAUUGCUGGGGCAGAUGGAUAGUUCAGCAUUUGUGUUACUGUCAAAUUUGUAUGCAAUCGAAAAGAAGUGGCAUGCUAGAACAAAAGUUCGAGAUGCAAUGGAGGUUGAUAUCAAGAAUGCAAAGAAGGUUGCAGUUAGCUGGAUUUCAUAGUACCUGACUGGUGGAAAUUGGACCUGCAGAAUAUUGGAUUGGAUUGAUAUUGUAAGUGCAGAAAACUUUCUUUGGUGAUGAAGCUUACUAAUAGUUACAAAUUCACUGAAGAGUGUGAAAUAUGAUGUAAAACUGCUGUAUUUAAGCAAGCUCUGCCAUCAAACUGGAGAAACACCAGAGAUAGUUAGAGCACUUGUGGAUGUUCUUUUUUAUCCACAGUAGUAGCUAUUGGCUAAAUCAUUGUUCAAUAAUACUGAAAAUCAAGUCAGGCUAGAAUUCGCUUGCAGAAGCAACUCAAAGAGUAGUUCUUGUGCAUGCAUUAGUUCUACCUGCCAGAACAAUCCUUAAUUAGUUUCUUUGUUUUGGUUGGCGACUUUAUGGAAUUUGUGGACCGCGACAGCUAAUGCAAUGGAACAUACCUAUCUACUUAUGUAAUAUUCGAGCAACUCUGCUUCAAUCAGGUAUAAGAAUAUUCAAAGUAUACUACACUAUCUUUAUGCAGUCAAAUACUUAAAUUAGUGUUCGUUAGCAUUUUUUGGAAUGGAAAU